AUGCACGUGUGUGGAGCGCAACCACAAAUGUUUAGGUGUUUCAUGGUAUGUGAAUUAGAGGACAGUUCCACUGAUGAAUUGUUGUUUCAUAUAAAUCAUACCACGCUCCGUUUUGGUAUCAAAGAAUUUGCUAUCAUUACUGGUUUGAACUGUUUUGGUAAUAAUGAUGAUUUUUUAUUUGAUACAAGGAAGCCAAAUAGAUUAAUCAAUCAGUAUUUUGAGGGUAAAAGUAUUGUUACAAAAGUGGAUUUGAUCAGUAAGUAUAAAAAAAAGGUUUGGGGUGGCAAUGAUGAUGAUGCUGUUAAAUUCGCUAUUCUGUAUUUUAUUUGUACGUUCAUAUAUUCCGGCGAGAAGAAGAGCUCAUCAAUUCCAAGGAUACAUUUUGAUCUAGUUGAGAGCGGCCGGUACCAUGAAUACCCCUGGGGGAAAGAUGUUUUCUACAAAUUGCUCAAAAGCGUAACAAAAAAAAUGGAUGAGAAGAAAAAGUAUUACAGAAUUGAUGGUAUGCCUCUAGCCAUGCAAAUUUGGAUAUAUGAAUGUUGUUCUGCGGUUGAUUCGAAUAUUGCUGUAAAGAAGAGCAAUCGUAUACCCAGAAUCGUCAAUUGGAUGACCAGAAACAGCAGAAUACAUUAUGAAUUCCUCAUGGAAGGAAUGUUCAGUGAUAACGGCAAUCCGUUAAAAUUCAAAAACAUCGAACCUUCACUUAAGGAGAUUGCAUUUUAUCAGCUUGAAUCAAAAAGUAAUGCAAACACAGAGAAUACCUUUCAAAUUGUUAGUGACAAAGAUGACGACGAAGAUGAUGAUUUCACUUCAAAGCCUCCAAGUCAUAAGCCACACAAUAAAGAAAAAGGUUCGAGGUUGAAAGAUAAACGCCCCACAGUAUUGAAUGGUUGUCGUAAGGCAAAGAGUACAACUUUAAAUCCUGAUUCAAAUCCAUUGGAGGAUAAUGUAUCAGUACAGGAGAUGCAUAACCGUCCGGAUGAUUCUGCUAACCGUACACCACCAAGGAGUUCGAAAGAACCUCAAGAUACCAAGGCAGAUGAAAUUGGUUUGCUGAGACAAGAUCUUGCAUCCUUCAAGAAUUAUGUUAAUAAUGAGUUCAAGGAGUUGCAAUUGUUGAUAAUGGGGAAUUUUAGACAAGUUAUGGAUGCACUUAACAGAAGCUGUCGUGAAUAUGGAGCACCAAAUCAGGAAGAUGCAACUGAAUCUCCAAGUCAUGUACCUAAUUGGUCGAACAACAAUCAGAUAUCAAAUGUUAUGGAUAAGCCUCACUGUGAUGCAAACGAGGUUCGGACACCUCGUUUCGUUCUUCAAGAACAUGUCAAAAUUAAUGUCAAGGAGUAUUUGCAGCCUGUUCAGAUACACAUACAAGACCCUUUGACGGUACAUGAACAGCUUAACGACAUUAAUGUAUUUCAGAAUCAUGACAUCCAACAACCUCAGUCACAAAUUGAGUUGAUAGAUGCUUUGUUACCUGAUAUUGAUGCAAUCAAUCCCAAAAAGAAUGAUGUGGUUCAUUCAGAGGUUGUGGUCCAUCCAGAGGGUGUCGUUUAUGAUACUACACCCGUGCCAGUUAAAAGGAUCAGACAUCCUGAUCGAUUGACAGGAGACGGUAAUGUAAUUCAGAACGACGGAAUCCAACAACCUCAGUCACAAUUUGAGUUGCUUGAUGCUCUGUUACCUGAUAUUGACACAAUAUAUCCCAAAAAGAAUGUUGUCGUUCAUUCCGAGGUUGUGGUCCGUUCAGAGGGUGGCGUUUACGAUAAUACACCCGUGCCAGUUCAAAGUAUCAUACAUUCUGAUCAAUUGAUUUGCUCUCCUUACUCCACAAAUAUUGGAUCAUCAUCUGGUAGCUCUUAUGACGUGGUUAAAACUUAUGAAAAGAAACAUCCUUUUGUUUCUGACUUCAUUCAAGGGCCAUAUAAUUAUGAUCUUUUCGACGAUUACUGUUUGUGGCUUUCUGAAGGGCUUCUUGCUAGCCAUAUGAAUAAGAUGCAUGGUGAAGAUCGGUAUAAGAAUAAAAAAGCAAAACUGGCGGUUGAUAUGGAUUUGGGCAUUCAUCGAAUAUCAAACAAGAAUUGGUUCUACUCUCUGUCUUAUGAUAAACAACUGCUGAGUGAUGAGCAUAUUGAUGUGAUCAUGUAUUACUUGCGGAAAAAAAGUAAAUACAACAUCAAUAGUCGAUACAGAUACACUACUGUUGAUUGUAUAUUCAAGUCAAAAAUUUCUGAAAUUUAUGCUGCAUAUGCUCAAGUUGGAAGUAACUUUUGUGUUGCAAAUGUUGAAAGCGCCAUACGUGAUUACAUAAAAGGAUAUAGGUUGAUGGCUGCCAUUCCAUGGAAUACAAUCGACAAUGUGUUCAUACCAGUGAACGUGGAGCAUAAAAAUCACUGGGUGUUGGCUGUUUUGUCAUUAAUUGACAAACACAUUUAUGUAUAUGACUCAUACAGAGCAGCAGGUCAUAACUAUCAUGUUAGAGAAGAAAUUCAAAAGCUUGCUCAGCUUCUGCCAAUGUAUGUUUCAAUGGAGAUUGGAAAUGGUUCGGAUGAUGCAGAAGAUAACCACAUCGCAUACGACGUGACGUUUGUGGAGGAUAUACCUCAACAAGGAUCAGAUUUUUUGGAUUGCGGGAUAUACUUGCUAGCAUUUGCCGAGUACCUAAGUGAGGGUGAAGGUAUUCCAGUUAAGUAUCUUGAUUCUAAGUUACACCGUAUCAGAUACGGUGCACUCUUGUGGGAAUAUGCAAUGAAAAUGAUGAAAGACGGGGCUGUUAGCGAUAAUGAGGCACCACCAAGAAGAAUGAGGACACCCGCAAGGAUUGAUAAUAGUCAACUUGUUGUGAUUGAUUAGUAUUUCGUACUAGUUCUAUUUUUUUUGAACUUAUGGUAAAAACUAAUAUUUUGGUUUUUUGUCAAACAUUAUCAACUUUUCUUUAUAUUCAUAUAUG